AUGGAAAAAGGUACCAACGAUCAUAAGCAGGACCCGGAUGGUCCACCAUCUUACGAAGAAACCAUGAGACAGGAUGCUCUCAGGACGGAGAACACAGGUCAUACUCAUAAACCCAAGAGGACCAGUAGGAAGGGGUACCCAGGUGGUGAACAUUUAACUUACCACGGCGCCAAGAAGGGCAAAUAA